AAUUUUCCCUUUUUGCAGUCCUGGCGAGUCACUGCUAUUCGGCUUGAAGAGAAGAAACGGUUCAUAUCAAUGCUCUGUAGAGCUGUGGCAAUAUAUCAACCGCAGAUCUACCGUGAAAUUUUGUUGAAAAAUCUGCCAGAGGGAAUAGAGUUCUCUGUGAGCACGCCAGAGGCUUUGGAGUUGGCUAUCGCCGAACUUUGGGGUGAUUCUGCUGCUGCAGCUGAGAUAUCUGAGGCGUCAGCUAUUGGUCAGAGACCUGGUGAUGGCUACAAUACAUUGACCAACCGCGAAGAGGCUGACUUGAAGAAAUUUUUUGACCGGACCACGUCAGAAGACAUAUUUGAUGCCGAUUCACUAAUGCGGAACCUGCAAAAAUAUUUGUUUGAUGCGGAAGGUAGUAACGUGCAUUUUAUCGUGGAAUCAGAACAAAAGGUGGUGGCCUUAAUCAAUGCACUUGACAUGGCUUUGGAAGAGCUGGACUCUAUGGAGGCCAAGUUGGAUGCUUACCAUCAAUACAUUGCUUUAGACCUUGCUUUCAUUCCGAUUAAACACAAUGUUGGUGUCGCUAAGCUGUUCUUCUCCUUCAACAAAACCAAGGACGUAGAGGAGUCUAUGUCGGGGCUGCAGGACCGUGAUCAGCUGGCACAGAUUACGGGUGAUAACCGGCGUCUCCUGUUGGAUACUCUGGAACACAUAGUCGCCAGCCUCUCGGUAAAUGCAGGUGUUCUCAAGACUCUCGAGGAGGAAGCCGAUAUGGUGGACAUAGAACGCUACAAGGAGGCUGCCUCUUGUCUUGACGCUCUUUUCACCGCUGAAAGAAUACCCGGUAUGACUCCUUUUCUUUUGUUUGCCGCAACUGUGCAUCUAGCCGUGGCCAACAUGUUCACAAGUGAAGAGCAGCUGCAGGCGGUGUCGGAAAAGUCGUUAGAGUUGGUGGCAUUGCGGGACAAAUUUGCAAAUCGCCUCUCUCACCAAGUAAAUGCAAUGGUGGUGCGUUUCUGUAAUCAGUUGAUGCGCAUCGCCCCGGGAGUUGGUGGAGCAAGUGUGAGCGGUAGCCUGGCAGAUCUCUCUGGAGGUGCCUCGCGUCAUCAUCGCUUGCACGUUCCGGGCGCCGGUAGCGUCCUCAGUCUCUCUGGAUCCCGUUCCAACCUUUCUGCCUCCGCUACUAGCUCAAAUAAUGGUUCAAGCCUCAACCACUGUCAAGAACUGCUCAGAAUUCAGCGAUCAGAGAUCUUGCAACUUUCUUCCCUCGUUGGUGGAUGGCUACAAAAUAACCGAACAGAUGUGUUUCGCACACUAAAGAAGCAAUACAUCGAAAAAAUGCAGGCUUUCUUCUAUCGUGUUUACCAUGAAAUCAUCCAACAGGGAAUACAAACGAUUUUUUCCCUUACAAGAUCGUCGAAGCGUACGUCGAAUACUGUUUUGCCUAAAGUAUUUGUAAAACUCAUGGAUCAGCUAUCGUUCGUAGUCGAUGGUGAAGAAAAGUUCAUAAUGGAUUUCUUUUGUCUGGAGAAAUGCAAGCUUUGCUGCUUUUAUGAGUUCCAUUUUCCCAUUUACUCCUUAUUUUCCGUCGUCGUUUGCACUCAAUGCAUUAAGGACGAACUCGAUACGUUCGCAUGUAUGCAGUUGUUGUUCAGCGGUCUGAACGACGGGAUGAUGGAGCUAAUUCGCCUGUGUGAGGGACAAAAUGCUGUAUUUUCGAUGUUCAUACUUCUGGUGCUUUCGGAGACGUCCGAUAGGUUUGCAGAAAGGCCACAAGAGCAGAAGAGUCUGGCUGGUUCUUUUUGGAUUCAGUUGAUCAAACGCUGCAUGUCUGACACCAGAGGUGUUCUCAGGCGGCAUGUCAAUUCCAUGAACCAGAUGUUUCGUGACAGCAAGCCGAGCAGAAAGGCGCGCUGUGGUUUGCUGAACAUCAUGCGAGUUUACGAGAACUUUGCUGAGUCUUCACUCCUUGUCUUCGGACCAGGCUCUACGAUAAUGGAACAAGCCCAUAGCGAUCUUAUCUGCUGUCUUAUGAACGAGCUCGAUCGGAUCGCUGCGGAGAGUAUGAAAACACCGUCAGAAGUCGUUUUGCUAGAGAACUACCAUCGUUUAUACGACAUUCUGUGUCGGUUGAAGUUACCAUCCUUAAAUGACACUCGAAAGGAAGCUAAGGCUAGAUAUCAACGGGCCCUUCAAGAAUACUCUUUGAACUGCAUGGGCCGGCCCUUGGAGGAUCUCCAUAACUUUUUUGAACAAGUUCAAAGCGCUCUUGAUUCGGGAGUUCGCCCUGAUGCCAUUUGCUACCAAUUCGCUUUUCAAAAACACAUGCUUCAAAAGAUUAUCAAGGAGUAUCCAGGAAAAGAAGUCAAGAAGGGACUUGACAAUCUGCGCAAGAAAGUCGAAAGAAAUCUAUCGGAAGAAGCUAACCUUUUUCCUGUUGUUUGGCGCUCGAUUCAAUCUGAGGUUACAAAGCAGUGCAUGUUCUAUGAGGAGCUGAUCAAGAAGUGCUACUUCGACUCUGGGCUAGCUCUUGAUUUCACGAUUGAUGAUCUUCAGAAGUAUUUCAGUGAGAUAGCUAGUGCUCCCAAGCGUCAUGCAGUUGGCUGA